CUUAAAAUAACAAGAUAUUUCCAGAUAUUUUAUGAGUUGGGUGGUUAUGUUGCUGUGAAAAAAUAAAAUGGCAUAAAGUCCAUCUUUAGGUUUUGACAUCAGCCUGGAAGCUCAGGUGAGCUGAUCUUCAUGCUGCAUUUACAGUCAUUUUUCAUAAUUUAAUCAAGAUUCAUUUGGAGUCAGGUAAUCUUUACAUAAAACAAAGCCUUUACCUAAAAUCUAGGAAUUCCUUUAGUAAUUUGCUAGUAAUUCUCAGUUAUUUGAAGUUGCAGCUGCUGAGUUGCUCUCUCUCUUUCUGUGUGUGAGUAUUUGCAAAAUGAGCAACAGAAAUCAGACAGCAGAGCAGGACCAAGUAGCUCUCCUCUCUCUCUCUCUCUCUCUCUCCAUCUUUCUCUUUCUCUCUGCUUUUCUCCCUCUCUCUCUGUCUCUCCCUCACCCGUUUUACUGUAGCAUCGACACACUGCUUCAUCUUCUCCGUCAACUCACUGUUCUCCAGAGGAUUUUAUUCAUCACUGGUGAAUUUACCUCAUUAUUCUUCCAUCAGGACUUUUUAUUUUUAACCGUGAACUGCAAGAUUUUGUGGUUAACACUUUACAAACAGCGUAUUGUUCCAGGACCCAGUUUUUUUAUUUUAUUUUAUUUUAUUUAUUAUAACAACAACCAUCUUUUGGAAACCAUGAGUGCGUGGAGCAGGAAGGCUCUGACUUUACUCAGCAGUGUCUUUGCAAUCAGUGGCCUGGGGCUGCUGGGAGUGGCGGUGAGCACAGAUUACUGGCUCUACCUGGAGGAGGGAGUCAUCAUGCCUCUGAACCAGACGGCUGACAUCAAGACGUCACUGCACUCAGGUCUCUGGAGGGUCUGCUUUCUGGCUGGUGAGGAAUCCGGCCGCUGCUCCACCAUCGAGUACAUGAUGCCAACGAGUCUCCAGCUGACGUCAGAGUCCACAGGAAAUGUACUCAAGAUGAUCCGCUCAUCGACCCCAUUCCCUCUGGUCAGCCUCUUCUUCAUGUUCAUCGGUUUUGUCCUCAACAACAUCGGACACGUCCGUCCUCACUGCACCAUCCUGGCGUUUGUUUCAGGAAUCUUCUUUAUCCUUUCUGGGCUGGCUCUAGUGGUGGGUCUGGUAUUGUACAUCUCCAGCAUAAAUGAUGAGAUGCUGAACAGAACAAAGAGCAGUGAGGUCUACUUCUCCUACAAAUAUGGCUGGUCUUUUGCCUUCGCUGCCCUCUCCUUCCUGCUCACUGAGAGUGCGGGAGUCAUGUCUGUCUACCUGUUCAUGAACCGCUACACAGCAGAGGAGAUCUACCAGGCUCGCCGCCCCAAUUUCCACCGGCCUCGGCUCAGCAACUGCUCUGACCACUCCGGUCAGUUCCUCCACCCAGAGUCCUGGUCGCGUGGACGAAGCCCCUCUGACAUUUCAAGUGAAGCGUCACUGCAGAUGAGCGCCAGCUACCCCGCUCUCCUCAAAUGUCCCGACUAUGACCAGGUGUCAUCUUCACCUUGCUGAGUCAUCAGAGGUCGCUAAAAGGUCACUGAGCAAUCUCUUAAAGAGUCAAAUAUCAAAGUGAAACAAAUAAGUUUCAUUGUAUUGAAAAGAGACCAGCCAAAUAAGUGAGUGCUAUUGGUCAGAAGACUUGAGUUGAGUUAAUUCCUAUCGGGAAAAAAAAGGAUUUCUUUGUAAAUACAGUACGUUUCCAGCUUGAAUGCGUAUGCUGAAAAGUUUUAAUUUUGUUAGGAUCUUAUAUGACAGACCAGUGUUUUCAAUCCAAAGAGCCAUUUUUACAUUCAGUCAUGCUAAUUAAAAUUUAUUUUGAUCCACAAAUGUUACUGAAUAUAGUAAAUUAAUCUAAAGAGCCACAAUUUUAUUUCUAUUUUUAGGUUUUACAGUUAGGAAAAACAUAACUUUCCAACUUUAAUGAAGUGUUGACAUUUGCGGAAAAUGAAUUAGAAAAAAAGCACAUAGUUUCCAACUUAAUGACAAGAGAAAUUAAAUCUAAAUAUAUCAUUACUAGAACUUUUAGUUUCAGUCUGUUGUGACCAAUGCAUUUAUUCC